AGGAGGAAAAAAUGUGACUAAUUUAAAUGCUUUUGAUGUGAUGCAGAAUAUAAAUUGUGAGCCAAGAUCAAUGGAUUUCACAAGCAACUGGCUUGGAGUGGGAACAGAAACUGCUUUAGUUUCAUUGAUUAAAGAAAAAAAAAAAAAGUUUUCCUAGAAAUCUGUGAUUCGUCAGAGGGGUGGGAGCUGAUUUCUCUAAUGAUGGAUUUUAGCCUCAGGGGCCUCAGGGGUGUAAAGGUUAAGGAACCUGUCUGCACCGUCCCAAAGGCAAACAAAUUUGCUAGCCUUGAUUAAAGUCCAAUGGGGUUCACACAGUGGCAGAGCAGAGGGGACUGUCUGAAAGAGCUUGGCAGCAACAAAAAAGACAAAGCACCCCAGACUCAGUGCAUCAUCCUCAGGCAGAGAUCAUGGAUCUUCUCCACAGCUGGGGGGUUGAGCUGGCGGUCCAUCUGCAGACCAGAUACAGCAGGUACGAGGGCUUGUUUAGCCUGGCGUCAACGGUGGCCGAUCUGCACACCGCCUUCUUCUGGUUGUUCCCGAUUUGGUUCCACCUGCGGAGGGACACAGGGCUCAGGCUCAUCUGGGUGGCUGUCAUCGGAGACUGGCUCAACUUGGUCCUGAAAUGGGUUCUGUUUGGGGAAAGACCCUUCUGGUGGGUUCAAGAGACCCGGUUUUAUGGAUCAGAUCCAGUCCCUUCUCUGCAGCAGUUCCCCAUCACAUGUGAGACUGGACCAGGAAGUCCUUCAGGUCAUGCUAUGGGUGCAGCUGGUGUCUGGUAUGUGAUGGUAACAGCGCUGCUCUCCAUUGCAACAGAGAAGCGAUGCCCACCUUUACUGUACAAAUUCCUGCAGAUUGGCCUGUGGAUGCUGAUGGGCCUGGUGGAGCUGGUGGUCUGCAUGUCUAGGGUCUACAUGGCUGCCCACUUCCCACACCAGGUUAUUGCUGGAGUCAUUACAGGUGUGCUGGUGGCUGAGCUUGUCUCCAAGGUGAAAUGGAUCUACAGUGCCAGCAUGAGCAGGUACCUCUACACCACCCUCUUCCUGACCUCCUUUGCUGUUGGUUUCUACGUCCUGCUCAAAGCUCUGGGUGUGGACCUGCUGUGGACCAUGGAGAAAGCCCAGAAGUGGUGUGUCAGGCCCGAGUGGGUCCACAUGGACAGCACGCCCUUUGCCAGCCUCCUGCGCAACAUGGGCACCCUGUUUGGUCUGGGCCUGGGCCUGCACUCACCCCUCUACACCAAGAGGAAGAACACAAGUACAGCCUUCAAGAUGGGAUGUAUUAUUAUCUCUUUGUUCUUGCUUCAGCUGUUGGAUGGAUGGACAUUCUCCUCUGAAAACCAUAUGACUUUCUACUUCCUGUCUUUUGGAAAGAGUGCAGUUGCACUUUUAAUCCCAACCACUCUGGUGCCCUGGGCUCUCUGCAGGAUUUGCAAGGAAAAGAGAGAAGACAAGAACUUGUGAUUGAAGUUGAGCUUGCAGUGUAAAGCCAAUUAUUAGUUUAAUUUUCUAUAUUUACUAGGAUUCUUCUCUUAUUAAAGACAGUAGGAUAUUCAUUCAUUUUUGGACAAUGUCCCUGAAGUUAGUGUGAAGACCUGGAUAUCAACAUUUUCCUAAAUAUGCUUCUUUGCUUUCUUGUCAGAUGUCAGAUGAGAGGAUGGAUACUACUUUAAUAUGUGUAUUAUAAAUAUGAAGCUACCACCAGCAGCCAAUUAGCUAAGCUCUGUAUACAGUGAACAGCUAGGCUAGCGCUAUUCAACUGUGUCAAAAUCCACCUGCCAGUGUGAAGCUUGUUUAAUUAUCUUGAUUGUUUAAGUUGCACAAAAAACCUAAAUAUUAAAAUAACUAAAAAUAAUUUGUAGGGAUUAAACAAAGAAAGUAAUAACCAGUCUAUCAGUGAACUCUAGGGAUACUGUUAGUUGGAUUUUUUUUUUUUUUUUUUUUUUUUUUUACCAUAAA